AUGUCAAAGCAACCACCAACAAACAACAACCAUGCCAGCCAAUUUGACGCUGAUUUAGAGGCCAUUGAAAAUGCCAUGAACAACAUUAUGCAAGGGGCAUUCUCAACCAUGUUUAGACAGCUGAUUGACUCGAGCAUAUUUGAAGAUGAAGAAAAGAGUGGAUUUCCUGGAGCGAAGCAGAUUGGCGAUACAAUUACCACCGUGUUUAAUGGUAGAAACUUGGAUAGUAUGGUGCCUGCAUCCACUGUAGUAGAGGAAGAUGGCUAUGGUGGAAGCGAUUUCAAGCGAUUAGCCAGAAAAUCCAAAGAAAGUAGAGGUAUCUCUACUACAGAAGAAACCCCAGUGGCAGCAGCAUCAAGAGACAUGGUGCCAUCAUCUUCAACAGCAACGACACCCUCACCAGCAGGAUUGAUAUUCAAUUUACUUUUCCAGCAACCACCCGCCGAGAUAUUCAACAUAAACAGAGAUGCACUUCCUGUAACGCAUACUAACAGUAAGGAUGCACCACCCUCUGAAGAUAAGAAUGGUGGUUGGUCAUUCACAUCCACAACUUCUCGAACUAUAUAUCAACCGGAUGGGACCCAGGAAACGACCAUUACCAAGAAAUCCAACGGUGUGACAGAAACGAUCAAGCAGAUACGUUAUGCCGAUGGCCGAACAGAGGAAAGCAGAGAGGAGAAGAGCUCUUUUUGGAAUAGACUCUUUGGCAGUAACAAGUGA